UUUAGUCUGGGUUCUUCCCUGUUUCAGUCCUUACUCUUCUUCCAUUUAAGCUUUGGGUGGAAAAGUUGAGAGCUUUUUUAGUUGUUUUCGAAGAAGGAAUGCAGCUUUGAAGUAAUUUGAAUAGAUUUUGAAGAGAGAGAGAGCAGAUUCUGUAGUGUUGUUGUUUGGAAGAGCUAGUGAUUUCUCAAGGCUUAGUUUUGCUUCUGAAUCAUGACGACUACACUGCAAGCUCGGACUGGGCGUGAACUGCAGCGUUAUGAGAAUCACUUUCGGCUUGUUGCAGGGUGCAUACCUUAUAGACUGAAACAAAAUGUAGAAAAUCCGACCGGUGAUUCAUUGAGUAAGUUGGAGGUUCUUAUGAUUACUUCACCAAAUCGCCAUGAUCUUAUCUUCCCAAAGGGUGGAUGGGAUAAUGAUGAGACUGUGGAUCAAGCGGCACGCCGCGAAGCUUUGGAGGAAGCAGGGGUUCAAGGAACUAUUCAUGAUACUCUACUGGGAGUUUGGGAAUUCAAAAGCAAGAGUAAACAGAACCUCAAAGGCCAAGAAGGAGCUUGCAGAGGCUACAUAUUUGCGCUCGAAGUUACCGAAGAGCUCGAGCUCUGGCCGGAGCAAUCUUCCCAUGAUAGGAAAUGGCUUAAUGUAUGGGAGGCAUGGAAGCUUUGCCGGUAUGAUUGGAUGAGGGAAGCUCUGAACUCCAUCUCAGUACUUCUAACUGGGAAGCCUGUGAGGUUAUUGACUGUGCCUGAGAUAUCUGAAAAUACUUCAAUGUUCUGCCUUGUCAAAUCUUCAGGAACAAAAUGUGUAGAUAGUGCAAUUAAUGCUUUAUGUUGAUGUUUUUUUUUUCUUGGUUGGAAAGGGGAGGUUUGAUUUGUAGUGUUAAUUGUAAAAUGCUAAAACAAGCAGCAGAGGUGUAUUUUGUUAAUGGGAAACAAUAAAGUU